AUGCCAGCUCCGACUCUGGCUGGUCCAAGCCCGGCAGAUGUCGUCCAUAGAUUGCAUCUCGAAGGACUGUCGAAGAAGACGCUCUCAAAGAACGCCGGGUCCUCGCUGCCAGAUGGAUUCUACCACUCGCCGGCGAUCCAUCAGCUGGAGCGGCGGGCCAUCUUCUCGAAACGAUGGUUCCUGGUGUCGCACGAGGCUCGCUAUCGCAACGUCGGCGACUACGUGCAGUAUGAGAUGGCCGGUUUCAACUUUGUGGUCGUCAGGAACAAGACAGGAGAGAUAGUCGGAUUCCACAACAUCUGCAGACACCGUGCCUUUCCGAUCGUGCAAGAAACGAGUGGCACAGCAAAGAUCUUCUCCUGCAAAUACCACGGCUGGUCCUACGACCUCAACGGAAAGCUGACCAAAGCCCCUCGCUUCACUCCAGAGUCCGUCUCCGAUUUCGAUUCUGCGAACAUCCAGCUCUUUCCCAUCCACGUCCACGUGGACAGAAACGGCUUUGUAUACGCCAAUCUGGACGCCCGACCCGAACCUGAGAUCACAUGGAAAGCACAGUACGGGGGCCUUGAUGAGCAAGACGUGCUCACGCACUCCGGCAUCGACUGGGACGCCGUGGAGUACGACUUCACCUGGACCAAAGAAGGGAAAUUCAACUGGAAACUCAUGCAAGACAACUACAACGAGUGCUACCACUGCCUCACAGCGCACCUGUCGGUCGCCAAAACAACAGCCCUGGACACAUACUACGUCGUCCCCGCCACCCCCAGCAACUACAUCUCGCACUUCAGCGAACCGAAAGCCGCCGUGUUCUCGACCAGCCAAUUCGACGCCACCCGCUUCGCCGGCCGUUCCGCCACGCAUGUCUUCCCCGUCGGCCAUUUCAGCCCCAACCCCGGCACGGGCUUCAUGCACCUGAUGCGCAGCGUCCCCACCUCGGCGACGACAACGAGGCAGGAAUACGACGUCUACCGUCUCAACACGCCCCACGCGACGCCCGAGGCCCAUGCAAGAAUGACCGCCUUUUACCAGAACGUCGUGGACGAAGACUUUGCCCUCUGUGAGGCGGUCCAGAGGAAUCUCGAGCGUGGGGUGUUUGACGGAGGCGCACUGCAUCCGUUCCACGAGGAGGGCGUGAUGGCGUUUCAGGAGAUGAUUGUCAAGGUUCUCGGAGAGCAGGUCGAGAUGGAGGAGGAGGCUGGUCAGGAAAUCUGGGCGGCCAGGCCAGGUCCACGAAGGCAGAGCGACGGGGUGAAACCCGGGCAUGCGGCCACAAGUCUCUGCGAAAGGAUACUAGGGUCAGUAGGAGGGGGGGCCGUCAGCUGCGAGAAGACACACGCCAGAGGCUUGGAGUGGUGA